GUGUCUUUUUUGAUCCCUGAAUGUGGCAUACUACCUGAAGUGCUGAAAAAUACUAUUGCAGAUGUUGGAGAGUACUACCUGGUGAGGAAUUUAUCAGUUCACGAAUUGGUCGCUCAUGAAUUCAUUGACGCUUUUGUGAAGAAAGGUUCAUGCUACGCACUUACCUAUAACACAAAAAUUGAUCAAGAUAAUACUGCAGCUCUGCUACCAAAUGGAAAACUAAUUCUGUCAGUGGAUAAGGAUACUUAUGAGGAACUUGGACUGCAAGGCCGCCCUUCACAGUAUUCUGGCAAAAAAGUAAUGAGAUAUAUUAUAACCAUUGACUUGACUGAUUCUGGCUUUCACCCUGAUAGCAAGAAACAUAACAGAGUGCUUUGGGCCUUGAAAGAAAAGAAACCUUUAGAAUUUGACUUCCUGUUAGCUUGGUAUAAUACAGGUGCAGAGGGAUCAACAUUGAUGUCAUACUUUUCAAAAAACCAAAUACAGGCCCUGAAGCCAAAAAUAACAUUCAACACAUUAAGGGACUUGCAGUGUCCCGUGUUACAAAGUAAUGAACUACAAGGAAAGCCAGAUGAGUCCUGCAGUACAGAGGAACUAUUUGAAUGGCUAGGUGCUGUCUUGAAUCAAGUUGGCUUAGACAACAAAUCAUCUAGCUUCUUGUCAACCUAUUGCUGUCCUCAGCCCAACACAAUAGUGGAAAAAGCUUUUUUGUGCACAAUAACAGGCUUUAUAAUUCCUGAGAAGAUAAUUCAGUUAUUGGAGCAGCUGUGUUGCUAUUUUGGCGAACCAAAACUGGCAUAUUGGCUGACCUUAACUGUGCAUGGCUUUGCAGACAGCCCUGUUUCCUGGAGAGAAAGUGAACAUGGUUUCCACAAGGGAGGAGAGAACUUGUACAACUUUGUCAUUUUUAGAAAUUUGGACUACUGGCUUCAAAUGGCUGUAGGAACUAAUGAUGAUUGUCCUCCAUAAAGCUGUGUUUACAGAAGAAGUUUUCUAAUAAUCCCAUGUUACUGUAUAGAAACCCAAUAAGAUAGUUUUUAUAAAAGUAAUUAGAUGA